AGACUAGGACUAAGACUUAGACUAGGACUAAGGGUAGGACGUUAGUCACUGUUAAGUGGUAAUGGCUCCGGUUGUGCUUGUGCUAGUUUUACAAAUCACUGGAAUAUUUUGUGACGACAACUUUUUUGCGCUUUUGUCCGGUACACUGAAGACGUUUCAGAAGGCAGCUUGUGAUGAUCAGCAAGUCUCCCUGCGGUGUCCGCCAGGUACUUGUAUCUCAGUGCUGGUGGCGCAGUACGGCAACUCUGCCAAGGAUCUGCAGGAUCUGUGUCCAGACGCACUGGGAGCUCAUGUCCGCAACAACCUCACUUGUCCGUUCCCUACUGAACUACAGACGAAGUGGGAAGCUACGCCGGAGGGAACUUGGGGCAAAUAUUCACUGUUGCAGACGGUGAUGGAGGCUUGUCAUAAGAAACGACAGUGCAAGUUUCUCGCCACUCCUCGCUUAGACCCGUGCCCGGGCUUCCGAAAAUACAUCGAAGUCGCCUACAAGUGCCGUCCAUAUGAGUUCCGCAGCAAGGUAGCAUGCCAGGAUGAUACGCUCCAGCUUUCCUGCAACCCUCACUCUCGAGUCGCUGUCUACUCCGCCAGUUUCGGGCGAACAGAGUACGAGAGUGUAAGAUGCCCUCAGCCACAGGGCGUCAGGGAAGAGACAUGUUUGGCGACAUAUGCCACAGAGACAGUGAUGCAAAUCUGCCACGGUAAGAGGCAAUGCAGUAUCAAGGCAGAUGCUUUGACAUUCGGCAGUCCAUGUCAUCACCAGUCUAAAACCUACCUCAAAAUAGUGUACACUUGUGUGCCCAAAACGGUGCUAAGGGAACAGUUCGAAGACACCGUGGUGGAAGAGGACGAGGGAGUAGAGCCUGACUACGAUGUCGACUACGAUUCUGUAGACAACGCCUUGAGGGAGAACCACGUGUACUCCGAGUCGCCAAGACUGGCGGUGGCUGGAGGACAUACUAACGGCUCCGCCCCAGUGGCUACCCAGGAGUCUACCGCCAAAGAAGAGGAUUUCAAAGAGACCCGAGAUCGUAUCGUGCUGAGCCUGGUGUUCGCCAUCGUCAGCGGCAUGGUCCUGAUGGCGGCGCUGGUCGCUGCAAGGUGUCUCUGGAUGAGGCGAAGACCCGGAGACAAGCAGCUGACCAAGGUAUACUCCGAGGAGGCUGAUCAGGAGAUCGACCUCACAGCGACUUCGGCUGUCACUGUGCUGCCCAGCCCUCAAGAGGUGAUAAGAUACAAGGAGGAAACGCCACUUAGCAUGGGGACGAACUCCGCCACCGACUACUACUAUGGAUGACCCGCAAGUGUGCCAGCUCCCCCCACCACAACUAGCACCCUGGCGGGGGUGGGGGUAGUCAGUACCUUCUGCUUCUAGCACAGGCCGACGGUCGGGGACUCUGAGGAACUCUUCGAGUUAUAGUCUCCGGCCAUGCUCAUCAAGUGUUGGGACAUUAGUGGCAAGGAUACAUUUGUAGGCUUUUACUAAAACGUCCAAAACUUUGGAAUCUGUCCAAGAACAUUGUUAGGGCUGACAGUUUCUUAAAGAAACUUCUUGUGAAAAGACUGAGUUUAUUACUUGACGUCCUUUGUGGAAAUUGUACAUAUUUUUUGACAACUUGGUAAUUUCUUAACUCGGUUAGAGGGCAUUUAGUCUUGUAUAUUUAACAUGUUUAAGAUCAAUAUUAAUAUAUUUAGUACCAAAUAUUACCGGGACACCAGCGAACUGUUUAUUUUUGGAAACAAAAACUCCUAAGCAGUUUCGGUAAAAUGUGUUAAUAAACUUAUAACUAUUUGUUUUCAAGUUAAUAUGUAGUAAAUAUGCAUGUAUUUUUUAUUCUUUUAUUUAACUUUAUUUGU